GGGGUGGGGGUCUCUCAGGGUUUGGCUGUUUGCCUGCACCAGACUCCAGAUGUGUGAGCUCAGCUGUUGCCUCUCACUUGAAUGACAACUGGUCUUUUCCAUUUUCUGCAGCAAAGUGUCAAUGUUGCAAUCCCUCUGUGCCCUGUGAUCAUCACUGCAAUUCUUAGCCAUUGCCAUGAGACGGUCCAGGCAGGUCCAGCAAUCCUCUCUGCCCUCACACACAAACAUCUGUCUCAAGUCUGAUUUGCCUUUCUAUUUCAGUGACAAGCGAGUAGGAAUAUAGUAUUUGGAAUUAAGCAGUCGUCUUGACCUGGAGUAACAGGCUGAUGCUCCCUGAAUUAAAAGAAGUCUGAAAAGGCCCUGUAGUCCAGGUCAAUCGUACUCCCAAGGCAUCGUUGAUGACAUAUAAGACAGCCUGGCACGUCAGCAGAAUUUGGAGGAGGAGGCCAAUCACUAGAGGGGCAGAGAUUCUUUCCAAUCAGCUUUUGUUCUCCCUGCAAACUAAAGCCUGAAAACCCAAAGAACUCAUUAUAAAGCUGAGAUAAAGCUACCAGUUGAAUCUUCUGAGUGACAUCAUGGCUUUAGAUUUGGAGCAAAACGUCAACAAACUCGGGUUUGGAUUUCAGCGCAGCUCGGCAUCGGACGAUGAUUCUGGCUGUGUUCUGGAAGAAUAUGCAUGGGUUCCACCAGGUCUAAAGCCUGAACAGGUACAGCUAUAUUUCUCAUGCCUUCCAGAAGAUAAAGUCCCCUACGUUAACAGUGCGGGAGAGAAAUACAGAAUUAAGCAACUUCUGUACCAGCUACCACCACACGAUAAUGAGGUGCGGUAUUGCCAGUCCCUGAGUGAGGAAGAAAAGAAAGAGUUGCAAUUGUUUAGUGCACAGCGUAAGAAAGAAGCCUUGGGACGAGGAACUAUGAAACAAUUGCCAAGAUCACUUAUGCAUACAGUGUGUGAACAGUGUGGGGAAAAGAUAAACGGAGGUGAAGUAGCAAUAUUUGCCUCGAGGGCUGGCCCGAGUGUUUGCUGGCACCCAGCUUGCUUUGUUUGCUCAACUGGCCAUGAGCUCCUCGUCGAUCUUAUAUACUUUUACCAGGAUGGAAAAAUCCACUGUGGCAGACACCAUGCUGAACUUCUGAAACCACGCUGCUCAGCCUGUGACGAGAUUAUUUUCGCUGAUGAAUGCACAGAGGCUGAAAACCGUCACUGGCACAUGAAGCACUUCUGUUGCUUUGAGUGUGAAACUAUCCUUGGCGGACAGAGAUAUAUUAUGAAGGAUGGACGCCCAUACUGCUGCAGUUGUUUUGAAAGCCUUUAUGCAGAGUAUUGUGAAGCCUGCGGGGAUCACAUAGGAGUUGAUCAUGCACAAAUGACCUAUGAUGGCCAACACUGGCAUGCCACUGAUAAAUGCUUUUCUUGUGCCCAUUGUCGGACGACACUACUCGGGUGUCCUUUUCUUCCAAAACAAGGUCAGAUAUUCUGUUCAAAAGCUUGCAGUUUGGGAGAAGACAUACAUGCGUCAGACUCUUCUGACUCUGCCUUCCAAUCUGCACGAUCCAGAGAAUCCCGCCGAAGUGUGCGAAUGGGAAAAAGCAGUAAGUCUGCAGAUCAAUGCAGACAGUCGCUGUUGUUAUCGCCUACAAUCAAUUACAAAUGUCCAGAUGGCUCCAUUAAGGGAGAUGAUCCCCUUUCCCAGCAAAUGGAUGUCCUCAGCCUUAACAGCCAAACUACAAGUCUGAGUAGUGAUCACUUUUGGAAAGGCAGAAUGGACCCAGAUGCACCCGAACACGAAGAGUGGGCAGAACACGAUGACUAUAUGACCCAGCUACUACUUAAAUUUGGAGACCGAGGAAUCUUUCAGCAGUCAAAUGAAGGCAAUAGGCAGUGUGACCCCUGGAUGUCAGAUAGUGAAGUCAAAAGCAAGUCUGAGCUGAAGAGCCAUCAUCAAGGCUUAGCCAGCAAGAAAUAUCAAUCAAACAUGUACUGGGCACAAUCGCAGGACAAUCUGGGAGAUUCAGCCUAUGGAAGUCAUCCAGGUCCUGCCAGCAGCAGAAAGAUUCAAGAAUUAGAUAUUGAACAUGGUGCUACCAGUUACAAACAUGAGCAAAACCCAUGGUAUGAAGGUUCCUUGGAAUGCCUGACAAAUCAGUCGAAGCCAGCAGAAGAAAGUGUUAGAGAUUCUGUGGAUUCGUUGGCCCUAUCCAACAUCACAGGAGCUUCAAUUGAUGGGGAAAGUCAAAGUCAGCAGAGGUCGUCCAUGUUUGCUCUGCAAGAUUUUCAAGAAAUGGAGAAUGACUGUGAAAAAAUGAGCACAAUGGGAACCAUGAACUCCUCAAUGCGUCAUCGCAGCACAGAGUCCCUCAAGAGCCUGACUUCAGAACUCUGUCAGGUUGUGGUGCCAGAAGAAAAGCAAAAGCCUCUCUACCUCCCUAUACUAAGGAGAUCAGAAUCCCAAUCAAGGUCACAGCAAGUUAAAUUCUCUGAUGACGUGAUUGACAACAGGAAUUACGAGGAGAUUGAAAUUCGCCGGCCUCCAAUGAGUGAACGAGCUCGCAGACGUGCAUACAAUUUUGAUGGACAUAGCAAUAGGCACCAUCACCGGCGCCGUAGGAGCAGGAAGUCCCGUUCAGACAAUGCACUACACCUGGCCACGGAGAGGAGGGGUCAAAGGGAAAGACCUCGUCUCUGCUCGCCAGAGGACUAUGACAAACUAAUGCAGGCCAAAAGCUCACAAGAAGUUCAAACGUACAUUCAAAACCAGGAAAUGUACAGGCAGUAUACUCCAAGUACAGACUAUGCACUGCAGAACCAAGUGGUAGAUAAAUUUCUUGGUUUAUAUGGUGACGAUGACGAUUCCUGGUGUUCAACAUGCUCUUCAUCAUCUUCAGAUUCAGAGGAAGAAGGCUAUUUUCUUGGACAACCUAUCCCACAGCCAAAGGCCCAAAGAUAUCAGUGUUACACAGAUGAUCUUAGUGAGCCUUCCUCGGUGUUGUCUACUUCCAUUGUGGGACCAAGGACCUCCAAACCCACAAAGAAAAAGGGACACAAAAGCAAAAAUUGUAUUAUUUCGUAGAAGAAUUGGUACAAACCAUUCAACAAAGAAUUUUGCUUGUGUUGGUUGAGCCUGUGAAUUCAGGAGCUUAUGAUAAAGAUGUAAAUUAACUCAAGAACACCCAUAGAUCACAUUUUGGCAGACAAUGCUACAAGUACAAUAUAAAUUCAGAAAAGUCUACACUUGUGGGUGAACUUAUUGGUAACACUUGUUGCUUGUUUCUUUGGCCAUCAGCCUGGAGUUGUUCAACCAUUGAAUUCAACAAUAAACUGUUCGCUGACAGGUUGACACUUGCAGAAGUGGUUCCGUUGACAUUAACGCUUUUAACUUUGUAACCUUUUGAUAUGUUUUAUGGUGCUUAAUGUUAUAUGGUCUUAAAUGUUCACUUACAUUAAAGUAUUUGCAAUGAAUUUGUGGAGUCCUGUAGCUCA